AUGCGUCCCGACCAGUGUUGGUUGGCGACCGUGACUCUCUUCUCUGCGAUAUGCUCCUGCGAGGUGAGGCACUCUGGCACCGCCCAAGCCGAGGACCAUCAGCUAAGCCGAAGUGUUCACCAUCACCACAGGCAUCGGCACAAGCAAACCGAAUCGCCAACCAUAGUCGACCCCGUGAUGGACUCAGACAAAUCCUUCGACUAUUUGCCCCAUUACGAACCUCUAAACAUCUACGAGGAAAGGUCCUUCCUUGAAAGAAGCAUAUUGAACUACGACAUGGUUGCAUAUGACAGCGACAGGAAAAACGACUGGAUGUCGAACAUGUCGAGUCACCAAAUAGCCGAGCUGAAGGACAAGAAACACCACCAACAUUGGCCUAUAAAGAGAGAAGCAGUCAUCGAGGGUGAUUUGGUUUUGGGAGGCCUAAUGAUGGUCCACGAGCGGUCGGACAACUUGACUUGUGGACCAGUAAUGCCUCAAGGUGGCGUGCAAGCCUUGGAGACCAUGUUGUACACACUUGAUAUUGUCAAUAAUAAACUAAAGCUCAUUCCGGGUGUUACGAUUGGCGCCCAUGUGUUGGACGACUGUGAUAGGGACACAUACGGACUGGAGAUGGCUGUAGAUUUUAUUAAAGGUUCUAUAAGCAACAUCGAUGACGCGGAGUACGCUUGCAAUGCGACAGCGGUGCGUAAAGUCAUCUCGGGAGUAGUCGGUGCUGCCUCCAGCGUCACCUCCGUGCAAGUAGCUAACCUGCUGAGACUCUUCAAGAUACCGCAGGUUUCCUUCUUUUCCACGUCACCGGAGCUCUCGAAUAAAGCGCGCUUCGAAUACUUCACUCGAACGAUUCCGAGCGACCUUCACCAAGUGAAAGCGAUGGUCGAGAUCGUGAAGAGGCUCGGAUGGAGUUACCUUUCCAUUAUUUACGAGGAGUCCAGCUACGGCAUAAAGGCAUUCGAGGAACUAGAAGCGCUGCUCGCCCGUCACGGGAUCUGCAUAGCUGUUAAGGAGAAGCUUGCGAAAGACUCAGGCGUAGCCACUGAAAUGGCGUACGACAACAUCGUUCAGAAAUUGCUAACCAAGCCGAGAGCUAGAGGGGCAAUAAUCUUUGGAUCGGAUCAAGAAGUCGCUGGCGUGAUGAGGGCUGUCGAACGCGUGAACGCGACAGGAGCGUUCAGCUGGAUUGGCUCGGACGGGUGGAGCGCCCGGGCCUUAGUUUCUGAUGGGAACGAACGAGCCGUCGAAGGCACCAUCAGUGUGCAGCCCCAAGCCAACGACGUUAAAGGCUUCAAAGAAUACUUCCUCAACCUUAACGUAAAGAACAACAAGAGAAACCCCUGGUUCACAGAGUUCUGGGAGGACCACUUCCAGUGUCGCUACUCCGGUGGACCGCGGACCCCUUAUAAUGGACACUACAGCCGCAAUUGUUCUGGCGCCGAGCGUCUCACUGCCAAUAACACCGAGUUCGAGAGGCAACUCCAAUUUGUGUCAGAUGCCGUUUUGGCCUUCGCUUACGCUAUACGUGACAUGCACGCUGCCGUUUGCGGUGGCAAAUCAGGGCUUUGCGAUGCCAUGAGACCAGCAAGUGGUUCGGAGUUGUUGGGCUAUCUGAGAAAAGUUAAUUUUACAGGUAUAAGCGGGGAUGAGUUUCAUUUCGAUGCAAAUGGCGACGGUCCGGCGAGGUACAAUAUCUUGCACUUCAAACAAGUCACGCGCGGCGUCUACCGCUGGCUGAAAGUCGGACAAUAUCUCGACGGAGUUCUGCAGCUGAAUAUCGAAGAUAUUCAAUUCAAAUGGGGCGAAAGAAGACCGCCCGAGUCGGUGUGCAGCGCGGAAUGCGAAUUGGGACAGGCCAAACAGUACGUGGAGGGCGAGAGCUGCUGCUGGCACUGUUUCAACUGCACCCAAUAUGAGAUCCGGUCACCUUACGUGGAGACCACAUGCAUGGUGUGCCCUCGCGGUACCCUACCAGAUCCCACGCGUACUCACUGCCAGCCCAUACCAGAGGUGUAUCUGAGGCCGGACUCCGCGUGGGCUAUCGGAGCCAUGUCAUUUUCAUCUGUCGGCAUACUUAUUACAGCGUUUGUAUGCGGAGUGUGGGUUCGCCACAGCUCCACUCCAGUGGUGCGCGCCAGUGGAAGGGAAUUGUCAUACGUUCUUCUCGCCGGCAUUCUUAUGUGCUACCUCGUCACUUUCGCCCUUGUGUUCCGCCCAACGGACGUUCUGUGUUCUAUACAAAGAUUCGGGACCGGAUUCUGCUUCACAGUCGUCUAUGCAGCGCUUCUAACCAAGACCAACAGGAUCUCGCGUAUUUUCAACGCCAGCAAACACUCCGCCAAGCGGCCGAUUCUAAUCUCGCCGAGCUCGCAACUCGCCAUCUGCGCGGCCCUCAUCUCCAUUCAAGUCCUAAUCGUGGUCGUAUGGAUGAUAGUUGCGCCGGCACGAGCCAUGUUUCACUACCCGACGCGCGAAGACAAUAUGCUUGUAUGCGAUUCUUACGUCGACGCGUCUUACAUGAUUGCGUUUUUCUAUCCCAUCGUGCUCAUCAUUAUUUGCACGGUGUACGCCGUCCUUACACGGAAGAUUCCAGAAGCAUUCAACGAAAGCAAACAUAUCGGUUUCACAAUGUAUACAACGUGUGUAAUUUGGCUGGCAUUUGUUCCACUGUACUUUGGCACAGCAAGCCACGUACCUUUACGCGUUACCAGUAUGGCCGUAACUAUUUCCCUCAGUGCCAGUGUAACGCUCGCCUGUCUUUUCUCCCCCAAGUUGUACAUCAUUCUAAUCCGGCCGGAAAGGAAUGUCCGUCAGAGCAUAAUGCCAGUUCGUUAUAGCCGCAAACCACCAGCAGCGCAAAACUUCACGAAUGCCCCAA